GCGCGCCGCAGCACGCCCCAGUUUAGCUGCGUACGAUGGAGCUCAAGAACCUGUCCAGCAACUGGAAACAGCUCCAAAAGAAGCUCCAAAGCGACAAGCCCAAGGACGCCGCGAAACCAAAGGACGUCAAGCAGGCCGCCGGUCUGAAGAAGAAGUGCAAGCUCGCCGACGACAACGACCGCCAAUUGAACGGCACCAAGCGCAAGAAGUCUGACGCCACGACGAAACCGCACGCCGCUGCCACCGCCCCGUCCAAGAAGCGCAAGAUGGGCUCGCUGCUGUCGACCGCAUCGACCUCAGCGUCGGACAAGCCUACCGGCCCACCGUCCGCCUCGCUCGCCCUCUUCGCCGAAGACCACGACAUUCCCGUCGCCGACGUCGCGGCAGCGUACAACCUCCCGACGUCGAGCACCUCGAUCCCCGGCGCAACGACGUACAACGACGUGCCGAACGCGGGGCUCGCCGCCGACGUCUCAGCCGGCAAGUACAUUGCGCUGGACUGCGAAAUGGUGGGCGUAGGCCCGACGCCCGAGCAGGACUCGCAGCUGGCGCGCGCGUCGCUCGUCGACUUCCACGGCCGCCAGCUCUACGACUCGUACGUGCUGCCCCAGCUGCCCGUGACGGACUACCGCACCGCGGUAUCGGGCAUCACGGCGGCGCUGCUGCGGGACGCGCGCCCCUUCGCGACCGUGCAGCGCGAGGUGUCGGACCUGCUCGAGGGGCGCAUCCUCGUCGGCCACGCCAUCAAGAACGAUCUCGACGCGCUCAUGCUCACGCACCCAAAGCGCGACAUCCGCGACACGUCGCGCCACCCGGCCUUCCGCAAGCUGAGCGCGGGCAAGGCGCCGAGUCUGCGGAAGCUGGCGAAGGAGUUUCUGGGCGUCGAGAUCCAGAGCGGCGAGCACAGCAGUGUGGAGGACGCGCGGGCGACGAUGCUGCUGUUCCGGAAGGAGAAGGAGGCGUUUGAGGCGGAGCACGCGCGGAAGUGGGGACGGCCGCAGCCGGCUGGGGGCGCGGGCAAGGGCGCGAGCAAGAAAAAGAAGGGCAAGAAAUGACUGGCCGGCAGUGUAGGAAACGGGGGAGGCAAAGGCCUGGCCGCGCCGGCAUGUGUGCAGUGGAGCGUGGUUAUGGGCGCAAAAGCUUUUUAAGGCGUAAAUUGCUCUCUUCAAAAAAGUAAGAGCGGCUGGAACACAAAAUUCAAUCACGGACGGACUUUUUCUUUUUCUUUCUGCAUU